AUUCCGAGACCUUCACCAAGAUCUGAACCCAACUCAAACGUGUCGAAACAAACCGCUCACGUCACUUCGUUUUGUCAAAAGACCUCUGAUUUCACAUUCUAUCUCACAGCGUUUUUACCUUGUAAGCUCUGGUUCGAAAUCGGCCACCAUGGUCAAAAGAGUAUACUUUCUCGUGCAUGGCGGCGUGGUGCAGGGGGUUGGCUUCCGCUACUUCACUCGCCACCGGGCCGUCGAGCUCAAUCUGACCGGUUGGGUGCGGAACACGGAUAACAACAAGGUCGAGGGCGAAGCCCAGGGCGAAGACGAUGCCAUUGCGACCUUCCUCAAGCACAUAGACAACGGGCCACGGCAUGCCCACGUGGUCAAGCUGGACAAGGAGGAGAGGGAGCCGGUGGAGGGCGAGACCGAGUUCGAGAUUCGCCGGUGAGCAUAAUAGGCUGGCAAUGACCCGGGCGGUGCUGCGACGGAGGAGGACUGCCGGAUGGCAUCCGGAUGGAAGAGUCCGUUGCAUCUGGUAUCCCUUACGACAAGUCGAACCUAAUAAUAAUGUAUGCACAUCACAUGUAGGUACGGUAGCACGGACUUAAGGAGAGCGGUACAGUUCUCUCGAGCAUAGCAGGAACCAAUGUGGGAAACAAUCCGCGCCGCGUGUGAGCCCGACAAGCCCCUUCUUGAGAACGGGAGGAAGCCCGGACAAAUCAUGACAGAGUACUUGAUAGAUAUC